AUGAACUCUCAAUCUCCAAAUGUAUCAAAGCAACCCUCAAAAAUGAGUGAAUAGCGUUACGUCCUAGUUAGACGUCGAUCAACUAGAUAAUCUGUUUUUAUGGAUUUUGAACAAGUGAAGAGAAUGAAAGAGUAAAGAAAAGAGAAAAUAGCGUAAUUCAUUAAGAAAUAUGAGGAAUCUAAAAGUCAUAAGGUGUCGACAUCAGAUGUGAUAGAAAAAAUAUACAACAAUCAGAGGGAAGCUACUGAGGUAGAGAUCAAUGUUGUAAGUGCGAGGAUCUUACUAAACAAGGAUUAAUACACUGAGUACAAGAAGGACAUUCAAAACAGACUGUUAAAGGAUGAAAUAAAGAGGUUUGUAGAGUAAAUGGAAAAGAAGUAUGGAGCAAAAUAUGUAGAGCUAAUGAAUGACAAAGAAAAAGAGAGGUUCCAAGAUCUUAAAGAGCAAUAAAAUGAAAAGAAUGUUGCUCAGUAGCUCGUUUUAUUACAACAGCAAUCUCAGGAGGCCUAAAAGGAGCAAGAUGACAUUAUUGAUAAAGCUUUGAAAUAAGGAAUAAAUAUCAAGGUCGACAACAGAAUUAAAGAUAGCGAUUAUAUUGUUGGGAUCUGUAACAAUGACAAAUAUGCUUUCCUUAAUUACAAAAAGAAGAAUUUCUUAAGGAAUAAGGACAGAGUACAAAGUGAGAUAGUUAGCAAGAUGAAUCGAUUGAUUUAGCAUAAGUAAGAAAUACUUGAAUCUAAGCAGAGAUCAACUAUCAAGAGAAGUCACGGCAACACCAAGGAGUCAAUGGAUGGUGGGGCUUCUACCACUCAUUUGAAUUCCUAAGAAUUUUAGAAUAGGCAGCUGGCAUUUUAUAGAGUGAGCAGCGGAGAAAUACUUGUUGAAGGUGAUCCAAGAAAUGAAUAGGAGUCUGAAAACUAGUCUAACACAGAGGAAUUAAAAGAACCUGAUGAUUAAAGUCCAAAUAUUUAAAGGAAAAAAUAGGUAUUUAGCUCAUAGGGAGAGCAUAAAGGAAUUAGAAUAAACAUAACUCGGCCAAAAUCCAAUAACCUGACCUCAGCUGUUUCAAGAUUUAACUUCAAUCAACUAAAAAAGCACUCCUAGGCAGAUGCUUUAAACAAAGCAGAACGAAUCCAUGAAUUUGGAUAACGAGUUUUAUCUGAUAAUGGCAGAGAAAAAGACACUCAGACAAGUUCUAAAAUGCCCCACAACAUUUCUUUUUUACGUGCAUCUUCUUAAUAAAAACAUCCUAAUAUCAACACAGCAUCUAACUCUUUCAUUAUAGAGAAACCUCAAACGAGUAAAGGCAAUCAGUAAUUUCCAUCAAAUUCAAAUAUGAGCUUUUUAUUUUUCAGCAAAAACUCUGCAAAUUAAGCAUCUGAUUAUACUGUAGGCAGUCCAAUAUUAUCUAGAUCUAAAUUAUAUUAGACAUUUAUGCAAGGUCAGCCAACAGUUGCUUCCAUAGCUAAUAAAAAUAGAUCCACUAAUUGCACUCCAUAGGGAAAGUUUGGUGUCCUAAGGAAGCAGAUGCUUUCUAGAAUUCAAAAUAAAAAUAAUGUCUAAGAGUGUUUGAUGGAGUCUAAGAAUAGUUUUAAUUUGAUAACUAAGCCUCCUUCUAGAAUGGACGAAAGACCCUUUACCUAAGCAAAUUUAUCACGAACAACUAGAAAUUAGUACGAUUACGAAAAAUAAAAGUAGUAUAGGUUGCUUAGUAACAACAGUAACUUAGACUCUAAUGAUAAUCUUAAUAGAAGCUAGUUGAAUGAAUCAAGCAGCUCUUAUAACUUCCAUAGAAACGUAAAGAACUAGCUUAAGCUUCUCAGAAAAAAUUGCAACUCAGUGAUUCACACAAGAUAAGUAGAUAAGAGUAGAGUCGAAGGAAUCUACAACAGACUCAGAGAAUAUGAGCCAGGAAACGAGAUAACAGAAAUACUUGAUAUCAUGCCAGAUUCAAAUCCAAUCCCUAAAUAUGAUCAACUAUUGAUUCAAGAAGAUAUUAGGAAAUAGAGAUUUGAUGAAGCUGUUGAGUAAAUUUAAGGUAUGGAUUUAGUAGAUAUCCAGAGACCUCAGACCAUGUAGAGCUUAUUGAAAUAUCGUAUAUAAGAGAAAAAUGAUGUAAAGAUAGAGGGAGUUCUAGUAGAGGGUGAAUACAGAAUGGGUAUCAAUGAUCCUAGUAGAGUAGCUGCUUAAUGGGAGAAAGUAAAGGGUAUAAAGAAGAUUGUUGGUAGAAAGGCUAUUGUUGAUGAGUUUAUGAAACGAGUUCAGGGAAUUAAGGACAAUAAUCUCAAUCUAAACUUCAAAGAUCCCACCAAAGGAGAUCCAAUGGGUGAAUUAUGA